AUGCCUCGCAAAUUCUUCGUCGGCGGUAACUUCAAGAUGAACGGUAAUGUUGAGAGCAUUACCUCCAUCAUCAAGAACCUCAACUCCGCCAAUCUCGACUCCUCCGCCGAGGUCGUCAUCUCCCCUCCCACCUUGUACCUCCUCCUCGCCAGCGAGAUCGCCGACAAGAAGAAGCUCAGCGUCGCCGCCCAGAACGUCUUCGACAAGCCCAACGGUGCCUUCACCGGUGAGAUCAGUGUCCAGCAGCUCCGCGAGGCCGGGAUCAACUGGACCAUCCUCGGACACAGCGAGCGCCGUGUCAUUCUCAAGGAGACCGACGAGUUCAUCGCUCGUAAGACAAAGGCUGCCAUUGAGGGCGGCCUAAGUGUCAUCUUCUGCAUCGGUGAGACGCUCGAGGAGCGUGAGGCCAACAAGACCAUUGAUGUCGUCACCCGCCAGCUCAACGCUGCGGCCAAGGAGCUCUCCAAGGAGCAGUGGGAGAAGGUCGUCAUCGCCUACGAGCCCGUCUGGGCCAUCGGCACGGGUAAGGUCGCUACCACCGAGCAGGCCCAAGAAGUGCACGCCGCCAUUCGCAAGUGGCUGAAGGACGCCAUCUCCGCCGAGACCGCCGAGAACACCCGAAUCAUUUACGGUGGCUCCGUGAGCGAGAAGAACUGCCGUGAGCUCGCCAAGGAGCCCGAUGUUGAUGGCUUCCUCGUUGGUGGUGCCAGUCUGAAGCCUGCCUUCGUCGACAUUGUCAACGCCCGCCUGUAA